AUGGCCGCCGCGGCACGUACUGCGCAUGCGCGGCCGUUAGGAAAAGGGGAAAAAACGGCAAAAGAGCGUUUGCGCAUGCGCGGACCGGCAGAAAACCGCGGAAUAGACCGCGACCAAAACAGAGAGCGGCUAAGGAGAGCAGCUAAGGGCAGCCCUGCUGCACCCACACAAAAACGGAAACGAGCAGGGUAA